AUGGGUGAACCCUGCAGCCACGAAACUAAAGAAAAGAUAGAUGACCCCGAUACAUCAGCCGAAGCACCCCCUCCUAAAUGGGAUAUAAAGAGUUAUUCUCCAAACAAGAAAAGGAUCCUAUUUGGUGCAAUGUGUAUCUUCCAUAUCUUUACCUUUGUCUUCUUUAAUCUGCCCUACUCCUACUUGCCGGUCUAUAAUGAGAAUAGAGAAAUUUCAACCUACUGGACAGGAUUGAUUCUUGGGGCAGCUUCUUUUGGACUGAUGCUAUCCUGUGUUUUUAUUGCCCCGAUCGUAAUUACCAAGUUUUCAACCAGAUUCGUCCUUUCGGGCUGUUUUAGUGGCCUUGCAACUUCUGUUUUCCUUUUUGCUAUGCUUGAUUUCAUCAAAAAUUCGAGUGCCUAUGAAACUUUUGCCUUAAUAGUUCGAUUUAUAGCAGGAAUUUUCGGCGGUAUAAUCAACGUCGCAACAUUUGCAGCAUAUGUUGCAAUAUAUCCUGAAUAUGUCGCCACUGUCACAUCGAUAGGUGAGGCUGUUCUCAAUGGAGCAGUGGCUUUUGGACCCUUUUUAGGCGGGGUCCUCUACGAUGCUAGUGGUUACAUUGCUGCUGCUAUGGUUCCAGGUUCUCUAAUACUCAUAAGUGCUGUCCCAGCCUUCUUUCUACCAAGUCUAAACAGCAAAAAGAGGCGUACAGGCGAAGACCCUUCAAGCUUGAAGACUAUCUUGGAUCCCUGGGUGCUCUUUCCAUUGUGGCACCUUGCCUCAUCUCAAAUCCUCAUCACCUACCACAUGCCUUUGCUUUCCACCUAUGUAAAAGAGGCAUUCGAUGCGGGAGUGGUUUGGUCUGGGACCGCACUUUUGGUCAGCACUGCAGUAAUUUGUGUCUCUUCUCCCUUCCUAGGUCUUCUCAUCGACAAGUUUGGUCCGUGUAAGAUGAUGAUUGCGUCCAGUAUGUCCUUGCCAUUGGUGUACGUGUUUGUGGGCCCUCUCCCUCUACUCAGAUUCGUCACCCCCUCCAGAACACAGCUACUUCUUUCUCUUGCCUUCUUGGGGUUAGCAGUUCCAAUGGCUUGCAUCUCAGCGCUGCCGGUUAUGUUUCAAGUUUACCAAUCUAGGAAUCAAGGUAAGCUGCCGAUCCUGGUUAUCAAUACAUUGGUUUCCCUCUACUGUGCGGCGUAUCCUCUCGGUAUCUUCAUUGGGACAAUAACGUCCGGAUUCAUCGAACCAUACGCUUCCUUUGGCUGGUCUACAGGUACCCUCGGCUUGAUUUACAUAGCGCAAUCACUGCUUUGUAUCGCCUACUGCAUCAAUGUCAUGCGAUCAUCAUCAAAGAACGCAGACGUGGAACAGGAAGGAUAUGUAAUGGACAACCCUGUUGCUGAUUCUAAUAUGUGA